AUGGAUCCCAAAAAACUGUCAGGUGCUCAAAGUCAAAAACGAAGGGUCCUUAAGGAUUUGGAGGACCAAAAGAGUGCUGGAGUAAUAAAAAAAUAUUUUGGAACACCAACACCUAGUGGCUUACAAACCACAGAAGAAAAAGAUGAAGAAAGCUGCAGUAGCCAAAGUGAUGUGCAUCUUAAGCUCAGUGAGCCUUCAACAUCUAAAACAUCUUUGGAAGAGGAUUCUAAUACACCUUCUGGCUCGGUGGCUUUUGAUGAAACAAUAAGCACGUGUGAAAACUCAGCCUUCACAGAUCCCGCUUUGUGGCCAAAAUUGAUUUCUAAGAAUAUUGAUAGUAUUUUAGAUGUUGGUCCUGUACAAGAUGUUGAUUUUAAAAAAGAUGCUUAUAAUCGGCACUUUUCUUCAGCUUUCUACAAAAGAAAAUUAGACAGUGGUGAAGAACAAACACGGCGAUGGUUCGUAUACUCCUCAUCUGCCAAUAAAGUAUUCUGUUUCUCUUGUAAAUUAUUUGAUAAGAAUCCUAAAACAUCGCUUGCCCUUGGAGGAUCAGAUGACUGGACACAUAUGUCAAAUAUUUUGCAAUCGCAUGAAACCUCCAGUGGUCAUUUUACAGCCCAGCAGAUGUGGACUGAAACACAACUGAGAUGGAAAUCAAAACACGCGAUUGACCAAAACUAUCAAUAUCUCAUGAGCCGUGAAAGGCGACACUGGAGAUCUGUGAUGGAGAGGCUGUUACAUAUUGUCCAGUUUUUAGCAGAGGCUCUUCAGAUCGACUUUUUACAACCAAUAAUGGACAUUUUUUAG